AUGGGCCAUUCUAAAGUGCUGGCUGAAUUAGGAAAGGCUGCCUGUGCUCCUUCCUGGAUCUCUGAAUCCAAUAGGACGGGCUCUGUGCCCACCCCUUCCACGAGGGUCUCUUCCCCCUCCAUUUUCAUUUCAGCAGUUAGUGUGGACUCCCCAUCUGUGCCCUCCUCAGUGCGGAUUUCCCUAUCUGGCCACCCGCAGCUCCGUGAGAGGCGCACACCCUCUUUGGGGUUAGGACUUCCCAGAUCAGCCCGAACUGUCUCAACGUGGAUUCUUCCGGCGGCCCGAACAGUCCAGGCAAAUAAGGCUGAGGGGAGCCAUUUCCCUGUCCUCCGCGCGGCACAAUCUGGGGACAGGGCGAGGGCCGGGCGCCGGGAAGGUGCCCGGGUGCCGCGGGCUCGCACCCACCCCGCCUGGGCCGGAGCGGGCAGCGCUCUGGCCUGGGGACGUCAGUCGGGCCGCGUAGUACUCACCGGUACUGCACGGCAGGGUCUGACGGGCGGCCCGGCACCAGGCUGCGGGGCGCUCCAGUGCGCUGCUUGGUUCCAGCCGCUGCCUCCGAGCGCCUCCCUCUGUCGCCCUCGGGCCACCGGCCGAGGGGCGGAGCCGGGGCGGGGCGAUGGUGGGGUGGCCGGUGCCCGACUAGGACCCGAGGCCCGAGGGGCGGGGUGGGGCGGGGCCUGUAGGCUGCGGGAGACCUCGCCCCCGCACGCCGGAGGGAGGGUGGCUAGAGGUCGCUGGCCGGAAGCUGUCUCCGGCCAGGAUCCUCCUCCGCGGGCCCAGGGCCUGGGACACGCUCUCUAUGGGGAGUGGAGUGUGACUGCCCGGCUCGCUAGAAAUGUGCAGAGGGAAGAAAAGAACACAUUGAGAGAGAAGCAGGUGAGAGACGGUGCAGGCCUGGGAAGAGAUAACAAGACUGCCUGUAAGAUAGCUGUAAUUCUUAUCCCUAUUAUACAGAUGAGGGAAAGGAAGCUUAGAGAUCUGAAAAAUUUGGAAAUAUCAGAGGCAGCCAGUAAAUCUGUGGAUUGCAGAUUUCUCAUGCCUGUAAUAACUUUGAGGAUAGUGAUUGGAGAGGAGUGGGUCUGACAUGAUUAGAUUUAUCUUUAUUUAUUACUAUAUUGUAUUAUUAUAGUAGAUAUAAUUGCUAAUAUUUAUUACUUUUUCUGUUUGAAAAACAUCAAUUAAAGAAAGUGUAGUGGGUGUAGUAAAUACUUAAAACAUGUCUGAAUCCUGGUUUAAUUGAAAAAAUAUGUAUUUUGCCAUCAGUGUGUGGAGUGUUUUGUAAAUCUCAAUUAGAUCCUACUAGUUGGUGGUGCUGUUAGCACCCUCUAUGUCCUUACUGAUUGUAUUUAAUGGUUCUAUUAAAUGUUGAGAGAAGAGUGUUAAAAUCUCCAAUAUAAUUGUGGGUUUAUCUAUUUUUCCUUUUAGUUCUAUCAGUUCUUGUUUUGCUUAUUUCGAGCUCUGUUUUGGUGCAUACAUAUUUAGAAUUUCUCUCUUGGGUGGAUUGACCCUUUAUCAUUAUGUGAUGUUCCAAUUUGUCCCUGGUAAUUUUCUUUGUUCUAAAGCCUACUUUUUAUGAUAUUAAUAUAGACACUCUUGCUUUCUUUUGAUUAAUGCUUGAUAUAUCUUUUUCUAUCACUAUGUUUCAUCAGUUAUAGUUGAGUGAUUUUUUUUAAAAGAGCACAGGAG